GCCCUAGGCAAUUUUCCCUUAUUGACGUGUUUCAACUUUCAGACCUCUUUUCCGCGAACGUUUAGGGAUGAUCCCCUAGUCUCUCGAACUUUCUUGCACGGCAUUGCGCCCAACUAGAAAUUCUAGUGUUGAGGCUCAAUACAGUUCCUCUAUUAAAUGCGAUCCCGCUAGAACGACCUUUGAGUGAAUGGAUGCUAAAGACAUUCUGCGAGAAUCGCUUUCCUCACUUACAGGAACUCCAACUCUAUCCUUCCGCCUUACCCAAGGGUUUCGAUGCCCUUUUAACGUGCAUCCAGAUCUCCGCAGACACACUACACACAUUAGUUGUGCGAGAACGUUAUUUGGACCCACAGGAUUUGCGUAGACUUAUCGAUGUACUACUACCCAAUCUACAGUCGCUGAGACUCAAUCUUCGUGAAUUGGAUGUUGGGGUAUUCACGAUUCUCGCAGGUAAGCUGCCAAGGUUGCGCUCGCUAUCAUUGUAUAUCGGUACAGUGCCACCGGAUAUACAUACCUUCAUUUCCGAAUUGAAAGCCAGAAUCUUCAUUGAGUGGAAGCUUCGUAAUAUCGGGGUUUGGCAAGGUGGUUCCGUGGCUCCUCCCCAACUCAUGCAUGCCAUUAAACACUCUAUACCGUCUGUGGUCAGUUUUUGGGGCCUCGGUGACACAGAUACAGAUACAUCAUUGACAAACGAGCAACCCAUAAUUUGGUCAACUCGAAAUAUCGACGACGGAGUUCUUUGAUUUCGAAAUGAUUCACAAUUGUACAUACAUAUACAUAAUCGUUGACUGUCAAAUGAUAACCUACUUCGGGAAUUUUACCCUUUCUCUCAAUCAUGGACAGUUACUUCAAAUUUUACAAGCAGUGUUGCACCUGAUGCUUUUCCGUCCAUGUUGAACAUAUGUACCAGACCCCAUCCCUGCUGCAGGUCAUCUAUGCGCGCACAAAACACAGCCAAAUCUAGAUCCUUUUCGAAGCUACGAUUUUCGCGAACGCGAAGGCUGAAGGAGAAAGACAAAUUACCUCAGUUCGUU